GCUUGAAAUUUCCCAAACUGGACAUGUACGCAACUCACCUCUUAUACCUGUUGGCAUUAUGGAACCUUUGGGUAGUCGGUGGUGGGCAGCAGGACAUUCCGAACGGAAAGGCUACAUUGCCAAGUCCACAAAAGCCACAAAAUACAAUCGAUCAGAUUGGUGGUAACCAAAACUAUUGGUUCACAUACAACGCGCUUAGACAAAACGAAACACUGGCAAUUAUUGAUGCAAUGGAAUCGGGCAUAGCAAGUAGUGUGCUGGCUUUUCAGGCCCAGAUGGAAAUCCAGCUUCAGCCGUUAAAGAUUAUAAUGCUCCACCAUGCGGGCAACAUCAAAGCAUCCAAUAAUAUCAAGAUGUCACGGUUCGAGGAAGUUGGCUCCAGGUAUUUUCACAUCGAGAAGAAUCUAACGCUAACUUGGUUUGAGGCAUAUGUCACAUGUCGUGAGAUGAACGGUCACCUGGCGAACAUCCGGGACGAGAAGGAGCUGGAUGGCAUCUUGGCGCUAGCACCCAACAAUAGCUACUGGGUGGAUAUAUCCAAAUUGGUUGAAAACGGCGGCACCUUCGUUUCCACUCUAACCGGACGGGAACCCGUCUUUGUCAAAUGGAACCCUAAUCAGGAUAAAAAAAAACAACAUAAUUGCGUUUAUAUCUAUACUAAAGAAAUGUACUAUGAUGAGUGUUUUGAAAAAAAAUCAUUCGUUUGCCAAGCAAACCAGUGGGCCUAAACAUACGGCAAUUAUUGUUUUGUAACUUAAAUAAUAAAAUUAUAUAGAUACAUUGUA